CUGUGGACUCCGGGCGCACCGCCCGCCCCACCACACCCCCGGCGAUAUGGCCUCCGAGGCGGCGCAGCUGCUGGAGGCCGCGGAUUUCGCGGCUCGCAAGCACCGAUGGCAGCGGCGGAAGGACCCAGAGGAGACCCCCUACAUCAACCACCCGAUCGGUGUGGCCCGCAUCCUGACCCACGAGGCGGGGAUCGUUGACAUGGCGGUGUUACAGGCCGCCUUGCUGCACGACACGGUGGAGGACACGGACACCACCCUGGAGGAGCUGGAGCUGCACUUUGGGGCGCGGGUGCGGGGCCUGGUGGCAGAGGUGACUGAUGACAAGACUUUGCCCCGGCUGGAGAGAAAGCGGCUGCAGGUGGAACGGGCACCCCGCAGCAGCCCCGGCGCCAAGCUGGUAAAGCUGGCAGACAAGCUGUACAACCUGCGGGACCUGAACCGCUGCACCCCAAAGGGAUGGUCGGAACAGCGAGUCCAGGAAUACUUCCAGUGGGCGGCCCAGGUGGUGAGAGGGUUGCAGGGAACAAACCAGCAGCUGGAAGAUGCGCUGAAGCAGCUGUUCAAGGAGCGGGGCGUGGCACUCUGAGCCUCACGCGGAUACGAGGAAC